AUGCCAAGAGCUGCCUCUACUCUGAUGGACACCUCAUACCAGGCCCUGUGCCGCUCACUGGUCACCCAAAAUAAAAGUGUAGACAUCUCACAGUCUGUGCUUUACACCUCUUUCAUGGGCUUGUUGCUGGUGGCUGACAAGGAGAAAGACCUUACAUUGGGCAAUGGACAGGUUGGACUGUGUAAUGCAGGGAAUAUAUGCUUUCUGAAUGCAAUUGUGCAGUGUCUUUCACACACUCAAGGCCUUAGAGACUACUGUCUGGCUAAAACGUACCUCCGGGACAUGUACCACAGUCAGGAACCAGUGCUGAUGAACGAAUUCACAAAAGUUUUGGAAGGUCUGUGGAACACUGAUGGAGGAACGAUUACAGUGAAUCCUGAUAAAUUCUACUGUAUCUUUAAAGAAGCAGUGCCUUUCUUCAGUGGAUACAGUCAGCAGGAUGCUCAGGAGUUCUUGCGUUUUCUUUUGGACCGGUUGCAUACAGAAAUUAACCGCAGACCCCUACAGUGCCCCAGCGUAACUACUAAUCCUGAGCCCAGCUAUAAGCAAUUCAGGCUUUCAGAGGAAGCUUCUGCUAUGUGGAGAAAACAUCUAGACAGAGAUGACAGUAUAAUUGUAGAUUUGUUUUCUGGACAGCUUCGCAGUUCUCUACACUGCUCUGUCUGCUCCCACUACUCCAACACUUUUGAUGUGUUCUGUGAUCUGUCACUGCCUAUCCCAAAGGUGAAGUACAGUUUUAUUAUUUACGUGACCUUGAAGGAAUGUUUGGAUCUGUUCUCCCAGGAAGAAAAACUUGACAAAGAAAAUUCACCUAUGUGCGGAAGGUGUAAUCGCCGCACAGAGAGCACGAAAAGUCUAACCAUUCAAAGAUUCCCUAAAAUUCUCGUCAUACACUUUAAGCGGUUUACUACAUCAAGGUACUCAAUCCGCAAAAGCACAGUGCCAGUGUUGUUCCCUGUUACCAAUCUGGAUAUGGGACCCUUUGGACCAAUUGACUCUGGCCCAGUGCUCUAUGAUUUGUACACUCUUUGCAACCACACUGGCACAGUGAACCUGGGGCACUACACAGCCGCAUGUCAGGAAGAGGUUGGCUGGUGCAAUUACAAUGACUCAUGUGUUACGCGAAUAUGUGAGGACCAGCUUCAGUCCAGUCAGGCAUAUCUGCUCUUCUACCAACUGAAAAACAGCACUGUCUCCAGAAAAUAAAGACAUUUUGCCAAACUUGGCUAAAAAGUAUUUUGUAAACAUGUCAAAUUGAUUCUACGUUGUGGUCCCCUUCACAAACAAAAUUUAGCUAUAGAAUCAAGUU